UACUGCGGUGUAACCAAUUAAAUAGAUCGAUCAAAUACCGCAAUGUUACGAAACUCGCAUGCAAGUUCUCGCACGGUCUAUCUGAGCCUUAAGUAGUGAAAUGAAAUAUUUUAUAGUGUUGAGUUCAGUUUACAUAGUAGUAAAUUAGUUACUUUGCAAAUUGGUAUACUCGUACAUACCUUUAAUUAGGCGCAUAUACUUCAAAUUUAAAAUGAUUGCCAUACACUGUAAAAAGACUUCUAAUUAAAUUAUUAUCACAUGUAAACAUAAUUAAAAUUAUUUAUUUCAAAAUUAGGCUAUUAUAAUUUUAAUAAUAAAAUGAAUGUCUCUUACUUAUCCGAUUCCGAACAGCUGUUCCCAAUGCGACUUCACCACGAACUUCGAGAGUGCUCUCAUCAUGCAUCAGCAGCUGCAUCAUGAGGAUCCAACCCGAGAAGUAUUCAAUCCUUGCGAAAUGAAGAAAAGUCAUACUCUCCCUGGAACUUCUACCUCCACAUUCAUCCAUGCAAAGCCCAGUAAAGAAUUUAAACUUCCUGCUCGGACGUCGUCAGCGACGCGGCUGUUCGACAAGCUGCGCGCACGCAUAGGGCGCGGUCGCACGCUGUUCUCGCACCCUGAGGACGCCGCCGAGGAUAAUACGGACAUGUGCAUACUGAGCGAGUGCACGUCCAAGGCGUUCAAAGAAGAUCUACCACUGACGGUCACUCGAAGUGACUUCGCGGGACACGAGCGACUGCAGAGGGAGACCUUCAGGUGCCAUCUCUGCAACUUCGAGGCUGACAGGAUAACAGUCCUGGACCGGCACCUCCUGAACGACCACAAGCUCGGCAUCGACAAUCUGCUCAAGCUGGUCAUAGCGAAGACGAAAGACGCUCUCUCUGAGGAAACCAACACCGACCCGUUCAGGAGACAACCAUACUACAAACCUCAGGAGAUGGAAUAUCAGCUGCAAGAAGGCGAAUUCAUGGAGACUGUAGCGCCGAGGAUCAGGGUAAUGAAGCAUAUGGCGACCAACACUGAGGAUACAGGCUUAACCGACAACUUCAAACUAAUCACCAGCGAGCUCGAGAAGAUAGUGACCUGCCGCACAGAAUCCCACGACCAGAGCGACCUGUUCCAGAAGAUGCAGACCCUGAACGAAUACAUGUGCAAGUUUGUGGAUUCGUCCAACAUGCUGAAGAAAGUACUGACGAAGGAGCUGGAUACGAAGAGUAGGAGUGAUAGGACUGAGCAUCGUGCUGAACCGGUCUUUGAUUUGAGGUUAGGAGAUACUCCCAGAGAUUGGUAGAAAAUGAAAAACCGAACCGAAGAUCUAGAAGAUCUGGAAAUAGUGUGGUAACAGUGGAGACCUAUUCAUAAACUUAAAAUGCCAAGGUUGUAAGAUUUAUAUUAUUGAAAUAAUAUUACUUAAAUAAACGAUUUAAUUUACGGUUUAAUUUAAUUUAUAUAGACAUGGUAGAUUUCUGCAUCUCACUUCUACGUAAUGCUACGUCUCUGUUGUCGGUUACUAAAUUCAGGAAGGUGCAUC